UCCAGAAGUUACAAUUCGUCGUAUUGGACACGUGUAGACGUGAAUGGAACCAACCCUUACUGAGCCUGUCCAAUCGAGACAAAGUUCCUGUACCCAAUCGUACGCUUUAGGCUUACUUAGCUUUCCAGUGUGCCUUUGAUAUACGCUAGCAUUUGCUUUGAGCAUCGCAGUUGCUACACGAUCAUCAAAUAAAUACUUUUUCCAGUUGGUGUUCGAGGAGCUAUCUCUCAUCAUGAAGGUUCUCGCAUUUACCCUGAUGUUUUUGGCGCUUAUCUCCUUCGUCACGUCCCUCUGCGAGAGUGAGGCAGAAAGUGCCGCGGGAUGUGUCCUGAAGGAGAAGGAGAAUUGGAAAUUCGACGAUGUGGAGUCUCUAGAUCUCUUCAUGUAUAUCGUCUGCUGCAUUACAGAAGAUAUCGAGAGAUGUGUGCGAAGACACUUGACGGGACCAUGUUCUGCCUCUGCGUCUGCGGCAUCCGAAACGGCUAGAAACGAUUUCUUCGAUCUUCUAGGGGCAGAGCUAGAAGAUGACUUCUGCGAAGCACGCUCGGGUCCCUCAUGCAAUGACCUGAAAUCUCGUUUUGGAAACUGAGCGACCAGGGUUAAUUGCAUUGUCACUGUCCUGUAUUAAACUGCCAUUUGCUAAACCA